UUUCUGUAUCCGGGUCAUUGGGCAGUGAUGGCGGCCACCAUGGAAGCAGCAACCGGCAUGAUCAAUAUGCUGCAAUUCAUGAAACUUAUUGGACAGCUCAAAAGGGUCCCACGGACCGGCUGGGUGUACAGGAACGUGAAGAAACCAGAGAGUGUAUCUGACCACAUGUACCGCAUGGCCAUGAUGUCUCUGACCAUCACAGACCCAACAGUGGACAAGGACAGGUGUAUCAAGCUGGCUCUGGUUCAUGACAUGGCAGAGUGCAUUGUGGGAGAUAUCGCUCCAUCAGACAAUAUCAGUAAAGCAGAGAAACACAGACGGGAAGAGGAGGCGAUGAGACAUCUAUCGGCUCUUCUGCCGGAGGGACUCAGACAGGAGAUCUAUGGGCUCUGGGAGGAAUAUGAGAACCAGAGCAGUGCGGAGGCGAGGCUGGUGAAACAGUUUGACCUCCUGGAGAUGAUCCUGCAGGCUCACGAGUACGAGGAGCUGGAGGGAACGCCGGGAAGACUGCAGGAGUUCUUUGACUCCACCAACGGUCGUUUCCACCACCCAGAUGUGCUCCAGCUUCUCAGCUCUUUGAAUGAAGAGAGAGGGCGUCACAUGACAAAAACAGAUGAAACAAAGAAUUCUGGGAACCUGCAGACUGGUGAAGCAUCUUCAGAGCCACAUACGACUUCACACACCUCCUGACUGUAACACACCUCCUAAACACCUCCUGAGUGGAGGAACUGGAACACAAACUGCAUACAAGGAUGUACAAACAAGACACAGGAUCAGUGGGAACUGUUAGAUGGGAGAUUCAAUGUAAAUGUCUUCUACAUUAAAUCUCUAGAUGUUUGCAAAGCUGAGAAUGAUGGGACAUGGAUUUCUACUGUAUAUGCAUGCUCGAGUGCAGUUCAGGCAACAUGUUUCUGUCUGAAGACCGGCGUCAGAGAGAGGAGUACCAAGCAUGACACAAACCCCAUAGGCAUUCUGUUUUUCUAUGUUCGAACCAACCCAAGUCCAACGGUUUGGGCCAGGUUCGGGCUCUGCUCAGGUAUUUACACUCUAAUGGCUGUUUUAGCCCAUUAAAUUAAUCCAUAAUAUCCUACAAAUCGCAGUAUCACUGUCUAUAAAUAAUACAUUCUGGAAACCACUUGUGCAAACACUGCCAGAUAAAAUACAAAUGCAAAAACAUGUCGAAAAUUGAUUAAAUAUGCUUAUAUGCGGUUGAAAAUGUAUUUAAACCUACAUAAAUUCCUAGAUAAUGUUCUUAUCACAUUAGUUGAACAUUUUACCUCUUACAGUUACUGAAGUUGAAUAGAUUCAAACAACGCCAACAGAUCUUCACAUAAACAUUCUUUCUUGUGUUUCCAAUCCACUGACAAAUACAUUUGAUUAUAUUUUGGCAGCUGGCAGAUUAUGUAAUAGGGUUAUGCAUUACAAAUAAAAAAUAUUAGAGAGAUACACAGAGAGCUCAGAUCUGCACCAAGGCCCAAUCUCGCAAUGUUAACGAACAUGAAAAAUAAUUUCUGUGGGUUCUUCUUGGAACAUCCUACACACUUCCAAGUUUCAUAAAAAUCAACAGUUUUUUCAUAAUCCUGCUGGCAAAUAGACAAACUUUAGCAAAAACAUAACCUCAUUGUUGGAGGUAACAUUGGUGCUGCACCAUCAGAAAUAGUGUUAAUGGGUUUUCUGAUGCAGUCUUACUGUACAGUUUACACAAUGUUAUGUCUUUUAAAUUAAUAGCAGAAAAGUCUGUAAGUCAUUGUUGCUGACAAAUGAGGAAGCAGUGCUUGCAGAUGUGGAUGUUAUUUUGAGUUAAUCAGUAUGUUGCAUAGAACUUCAGUUGCACAUUAUUACACUUAGCACUUUUUUUUAGUUUUAGCUGUUUUUUUACCGGUUCAUCACAGUUUUAAAUCUGUAUUAUAAAAAGAGUCCUCUAUAAUAUUUGAUUUGGUUCAAACAAUCUUUAAUAUUUAUACAUCAGCCAUAAAAACAGUUAUUUAUAAUGGUGUGUAAUUAAUCGUAUGAAUACAGAUGUUAAACACAAGGUUAUUUUAGUUCACAGUUUGGGUGUUAAGUUUGAGAGUUUUAGUAAAAACUUUUUUUUAAAAGUCUGAACUGGUGUUGAGUUCAGUUUCAUUUCAACUGGACACACUGUAUGUGUGCUGCAGUUUAUUUUCCAAUGACAGAACAUGCAUGACCUCAGUUAUUUGGUAACAGCUUAGACCUGACAGCCUUUUCUCACUUCAUGACAUCUUUCAGUACUUGAAUGUUGCCCAAAAAUAUAAUUGAUUGACAGACUGUAUUAAACAUGAAAUGAUCUGGGGCAUCUUCUCAAACCACAGCAAAGAAAAUAAAAUCUUACAACACAUGAAAGACAAUACGAGGAACACAAAACAGAUUAUACAUUGAAAACAGACCUUUACUUUGAUGGCGAAGUUAUGCAGCGGCCUCAGAGGGCCAUAUUUGAAAAGAUUCAAAGAAAAAAAAAUGUAAAUGGUGAGAUUUUUUUAAUCUUUUGUGGCACCAAAUCUUAUAUAAUAUAAUCAUGUUGUCUUUCAGAAUAAAACAGGUUAGUUCUGCACCAGGUAGAGUUAUACUGUGCAUCAGUUACACAGGCAACCUCAGGAAAAAGUGUAUAUGGGACUAUUUUAGCGUUAGAAUUUCAUGUUUAAUGUGAUACAGCAUUUCAUAAUAAGAUUAAAAAACAUCAACAAUUUUCAGGAUAAUUAUCUCCAGUUUAAACUGUUGCAUGAGGAUAUUUGCAGAGAACAGUGUGCACAGUAGUUGUAGUUAUUUCCAGCAUUAGACUCAUUUUUCCAGAGUGAUAAAUCAGAUUUUGCGCGACGUCCAUCAUUCUAGGCAGCUGUGCAAUCUUUCUUACCGCACAUGACAAAUGAAGAGUUUUAUUUCUUAGUGUGAAUGCACAUACUAAAUAUAUGUUCCAUUAAGUACAGUCCAGCUUUUAAAAUAGGGGGUAAAAAUGUGAAACAGUCCGCUGUGAUUUGAGUGGCUGCAUUUGCAAAGUCAGCCCACAAUAGAUCUUUUUAUGUGCUGUAACAAAAUCUUAAGAUCUUCUGUCUUAGUGUGAAAUCAUUUUUACAAAUAUUAAUUUCACCCAGGACGUCUGGGAUAACAUGGGUUAUAUGUACAUGUUAAUAAAGUUGAAAAUGG